AUGAACACCGUGAACACAACAUGCUCCAAUACCGGCGGUGGCCCAGGUGCUAGGAGUGCGAACCAGCACGCCAUGAGCGUAACCACCAUGAUCUCGCCGAGCAGGAUAUCUCCCAUCGACUUCAAUCUUUUCACCUCUGAAGAGUGGGAUCGGUUCUUUGAAGCCAGCGAAGGGUUCAAAUACUCGCCAACCGUCACCAUAUCACGACUCAGCCCUUGUUUUGGGGGAGGGUCUUCGGCAAACACCCCGACGACUGGCACUCAGGACCCAACCAAGGAGUACGCGUUACUCAGAACAUUGCCCGUCAAUGAGUCGGCCGAAUUCGCGCGGGUAGAGAAGCUGGUUCAGGCUGAGAAGGAGAUUGAGGCCUUGAAAGAGCAAAAUAUUGCGCUCCAAAACCGAGGGAAGUUACGGUAG